GGCAACGGUCCGGGCACUUCCGGCGAGGGCAGCAGCCGCCGGUUUCCAUGGUGCCCAGCAAACGCCGGCCCUCGGGGGGCAGCCGGGCGGGGCACGCGGGUGCCAAUUUUGGGCUUCAUUUGGUUCUCCAAAUGACAUCGGCCGCAGACAGAGCUAAACCCAUUGAGUUCCAGAUUCACAAAGAGCAGGCGUAUCUCCACAGCAAGCUCUUGCAGCCUGAUCUGGAAAAGAAUCAUCCAGGAAGACUGGAUGGAAAAUUAAGUCCGAUAUCGCGCACUAGAAAGGUGUAUGUCCCUGUGACCGCUAACUUGGGAGAUAUUCCCGGCCUGGACCUGAAACAUGGAUCGGGCUCCGUGUCUCCUUUCGGCGAGGGAUCUUUUCCGACCCCUUCGAGAUACCGAAUUCAACAUGGCUGCCACAGCGCUGGCCCCACCUUUUCAGACAAUACAAAUUGCGGGAACAGUGCCUUUCCUUUGGUGCACCGUACCGUGGAAGAGAAGAUCAGGCACUCUGAUAGACUGACAUUUGAAAGGCAAAAGCUGACCGUUUGCCCGAUCAUCGACGGAGAAGACCACCUCCGUUUGCUGAACUUCCAGCAUAACUAUAUCACUCGGAUCCAGAACAUUUCGAAUUUCCAUCAGCUUGUGUUCUUAGACCUGUACGACAACCAGGUAGAAGAAAUCAGCGGCCUGUCGACGCUGAAGUCCCUCCGCGUCCUGCUUUUGGGGAACAACAGAAUACAGAAGAUAUCCAACUUAGAGACCCUUAUCAACCUUGAUGUCUUGGACCUACAUGGCAACCAGAUUGCUAGGAUAGAGAACCUCAACCAUUUAAGCAAGCUCCGGGUGCUAAACCUUGCCCGAAACGGCUUAACGUGCGUGGAGAACAUUAAAGGCCUGGAAUCGCUGGCAGAGCUCAAUCUUCGGUACAACCAGAUCGUAUCUGUUAAAGAUGUGAACGCUUUGCCCUGCCUCCAGCGGCUCUUCCUCAGUUUUAACAACAUCUCUUGCUUUGACGACGUCUUGUGCCUUGGCGACUCCUCUUCCCUUUCAGAAGUUACCCUAGAUGGCAACCCGAUAGCCCAGGAGACAUGGUACAAGCACACCGUUCUCCAUCAUAUGAUGCAGCUUCGGCAGCUCGACAUGAAGAAAAUCACAGUAAGGAAGAAAGGCGCAUGGCCCCGGCUCAUGAGCAAGGAAGGAGGGAAGAGAAGAGAGGGGUCUUUCCAGAAGAGGUCGCUUCUCCGAACAGCUUUCCUUUCUCCUCGCAGAUCGCUUGAUUCCCUGUUGAACAAGACCGUGCAAGGGUUGUCCAUCAUAGACUCCCACUUGGUCGAAGUCGAAGGAGACACCCUGUAUUUGUAUGGCUCGACGGCUCUGGAAUCCCUGGACCGGAACUGGAGCGUCCAAACAGCGGGGAACGUCGCCACGAUCGCCUUCGUUUUCAUAGACUUUGAGGAAAUCGUUCCGGCCUUGCCCAAGCUGAGGAUCAAAUUCCCCAACCUUGUGCACUUGAAGUUUAAGGAGACGAACCUGGUUAUGCUGCAGCAGUUCAACGCCUUGGCGCAGGUGCGUCGCAUGGAGCAGCUGACGGUGGACGCCCAGGGGAACCGAGUGGUCAGCUUCACCUUGUGGAAGUACUACGUCCUCUUCCGGCUGAGCAGUUUCAACCUGCAAAAAAUAAACGGGGUGGAGGUUACACAGAACGACAUGGUGAUGGCUGAAAAACUGUUUGGUAUCUUGGCAUACGUCGCGUCUUCAGACUUACCCUACUGCCGCCUUCUUUCGCUGCUUGGGGAAACCAGGAAAAUGCAAUUGUGUUAUCUUUUGGAGGCCAAGGGCAAGAAAUUUGGGACCGCCGGCGAAGGGGGCAGCGACCGGCAUAAGCUCGGAGCGGACAACCUAAGUCGGUCGGUGUUAAGCUACACCACGCGGGACGCCCAGGCGGAGAAGCUGGAGGAAGCGGUGGACAGGAGGAGGUUCUCCCACGCCUACAUCCAAGACUUGGUGAAGGAAGCGGCCGAAAUCAACACGAAGAACGAGUCCUUGCAGAAGCUCUGGCCGCAGAUGUUCAUCGAACUCGUGCGGGACGCGGUGAUCGAGAUCCGCAACAAGGAUUCCUACAUGAAGCUCUGCCUGCAGCGGAUUGCCAGUCAAAAGUCCUGAGAUUGAGACUUCUUCGGCCGAUCGGUGUUAUUCUGCAUUCGCUCUUCCGCGAGGAGCGAAAAUGGUGCAACGGAAUCACUGUCGUUCCGCCCGUCGUAACGGAGUGCCGACGAGAAAGUUCGUUUUCAUAGUCCAGUAUUUCUUAUUUCCAGACUAGAUGCCCCCCCCCCCCCCCCCGCAUCCACCUGCGCCACAGCCGUGCAUCCUUGGCCGAAACGGCAGCACUCCAGCAACUUGGCGUCUGUGUUGUGUUCGAGUGAAUUUUGUCCAUCCUCGCAGCUGUCUGGGGUCAACGCCGCUCUUGCUUCCUUGUGGGAGCUCUAGGGUGACGGAAACCAGCCCCGCUUCUCUGAUGCCCACCUUCUAAAUUGUUUUCUCGGUCUGACACUCUAAUUGUUGUUGGUCGAAAACACUGGAGUUUAAUUACCGAAAAGCGAAUAAAUUAUUCUGUUUAUAAAUCUCA